ACUUCACCAAUUCCAAUUUCAACCUCAAACUCAAAUUUCAUCAUCUUGUCUUUAUACAAACACAACCACAUAUAAAACACACGAAUCUUUUCUUCUUGUCUUUGUUCUUUCAACACAAACAAACUCAACAUGAACAACAACAACAUCAUCAACAACACAAAUCCAUUUUGAAUUCUCUCUCUAUUGAAUGGAGCUUUCUCUUACACUAACACCAAGUCCUUCUUCAUCUUCACUUGUUCAGUUCUCUAAUAAGCUAUGUGAGUUUCAUCAGAGGAAGAAGAGGGUUUCUUUCUUUGAUGCUUCGAGAGGAGUUUCUGUUCGGUGUGUUAAAGCUUCUGCAGAGAGAACAGGUGAAACUAUUGAUGACAGAGGUGAGACUCGGACCGGGUUCACUGCACCGGCUGCUAUGGAGGUCACCACCACAUUCAACCAAGGUUUCAAUGAUGCUGCUGCUGCUGACUUUCCUGUUUGGGAAAAAAUUGGGGCUGUUGUGAGACUCAGCUAUGGCAUCGGGAUUUAUGGCGCGAUGGCUGUUGCGGGGAGUUUUAUAUGUUCGAUUACGGGAAUUGAUUCUCUUGGAGGUUUUCAUCUUUCAAUUGAUGCUGUUCUUGAAGGACUUGGAUAUGCAGUUCCUCCAAUUAUGGCUCUUCUUUUUAUACUUGAUGAUGAAGUUGUGAAGCUAUCACCUCAUGCCCGUGCUAUUAGAGACGUAGAAGAUGAAGAGCUAUGGAGUUUUUUCUAUGGCAUGUCCCCUUUGCAGUUUAUACUGAUGGUUGCUGCAAGUUCAGUGGGAGAAGAGCUCUUUUAUAGAGCUGCAGUUCAGGGGGCACUGGCUGAUAUAUUUUUACGAGGCAGUGAUCUUAUGCAAGAUGUUCGAGGAAUGGCGUCUUUGACAGGAGUUCUGCCGCCGUUUGUUCCAUUUGCUCAAGCACUUGCAGCUGUACUUACCGCUAUCCUUACGGGUUCUCUCUACUACGUUGCUGCCUCUCCCAAAGAUCCUACCUAUAUUGUUGCACCGGUUUUACAAUCUCGCGCCAGUCGUCAAGAUUUGAAAAAGCUGUUUGAAGCUUGGUAUGAGAAAAGGCAAAUGAGGAAAAUCUAUUCACCACUUCUCGAAGGACUAUUGGCUCUCUACCUCGGUUUCGAGUGGAUCCAAACAAAUAAUAUUCUUUCUCCCAUUAUCACACAUGGGAUUUACUCCACUGUUAUUUUGGGACAUGGCCUUUGGAAGAUACACGAUCACCGGCGAAAACUAAGACAAAGAAUCCAGCAGCUCAAAUCGGAAGAAAGAAAUUCCAACUAGAUUUUGAAAUUUCCUCCAUGACUGAUUUUUGUGGAAAAUCUGUAUAUGUAUUAGAGGUGUUAAUAAUGUAAAGAGAAGAUGUGUAUACUUAUAUGUUAGCUGAGUUUUCAUACCUACAAAAUAUGCAAAGUUUUGAUUACAGGAUUCUCUAAUUUAGAGUCAUCAUCAGUGUUUGUAAUAAAAAUUGGAGUAAUCCAAAAGUUGUGUUUAAUU